AUGUCUGACGCAAGUUUAAGACUCUUCAAUUUUAGAGAAGACAUUUACGAAGAUGAAAGUUGCAGCUCUGUAGGGGCUGAUGAAAUUUUGUAUCCUUGCAUCCAAUGUCCAAGUAUUUUGUCCUGUUCUUUAGAAUCAAUUCCUAAUACCAAUACCGACACGGAAGAAAUUCGCUUGUUCAAGUUGAAUGAAAUUUUAAAGCAGUUCAUUGAUUUAUUGAAUGAUCCUAUAAAACGAGAAGAUGUGGCUGAUAUUUGCCGUUUGUCUAGUGAAUUUUUUCAAUUCAAUGGCGAGGACGGAUACUAUGUACGUUACUUACCUAGAAUUGAUGAUAUUAUUGAAUUUAUGUGCUUACGAGUUGAACAAAUGGAACAACUAAUCUGUCACAUUGAGCAAUACUGUCAUCUCUGCUCAAAACCUUUCAUAUUAGGUUUUCCGAAAGACAUUAGCGACUUAAUAAGCAUCGAACACCACUACAGUUUGAUGGGAUAUCUUUUGAUACUAGCACCAUCGGAAAAUUUUAGAAGAAAUGCUCGGUGCUUUAAUACGAUCAAAAUUUUUGUUAACCUUUACGAAUAUCAUGGCGACAUGUUCGAUGAAAAUAUACCAGAAAUGUUUAGAGAUUGCCGCAGUAUUAACUUCGAUCAGAUUUUGGAAUCAGGCGUGGAAAACGUACUACUGAUACGAAUAUAUCAAUGCAAAGCCUGUUCAAAAGGCAAUUGUCUAGAUAGUAGCUUAAACGACGAAGAAUAUUAUAAAAUAGUUGAGUACAGUACCAAGAUUCUUUGGCGUUUAAUGGUAGUAAGUCUCAAAAGCAGACCAAAAGACUCUGGAAAGACAGUCGAUCCUCCAACCGAUACUGCAAUGCGGUGCUUACGAUGCGCUUUACGCCGAGAGAUUUCGCGAGCUUCAAAACAUAAUCGUAGUCGAAAGUUGAGAAAUGAUUUGGCAAGUUUGAUAUUGGCUGGCCAACUACGUGAAGGGCCGUCAGUUUGGCAAAUACUGAAUUGUGGAAUAGCUGAAGAUUUAACCGAUCUUUUGACGCUUUCUGAAUAUCCUGAAUCGAAUAAAAAGUGGCUCAAAACAGUAAAAGUUGAAACUCAUGAUUGGACUGCGCUUGAAUUCAAAAAAAUCCUUUUUUUGGCUGUGGUUAUCUUUAUUCAAAAUUACAAUGAUGAUGCUCGAAAGUUGCUGCAGAAUAGAAAAAUAAUAAUUAGUCUUUUAGAAUUAAUCGAUCUGGGAGCAAUAGUCGAUUCAAAAGAUCUAAAAGAAGUAAAUAAUCUUACUUUGAAAGUUCCUUGGAACGCAGAGAAACUCUGGCAUCUCUUUAAAUAUGCAUUAAAUGCUUUAUCUUAUAUUGCUUGCAUAUUACCAGAGGAAUUUUUAGAAAAUUCAGGCUCAGUAAGAUUGAUGCAGAUACUUGAAAGAUUUUUAACAAUUCAUGGUGACGAAAUACUUUUAAUGUAUCUAUCUGAAACUAUUUGCUCACUUGUUUCAUCAAUGUGCCAAAUUAUUGUCAAUGAUUUUAAAAAGAAUGAUCUUAUUUCCAUAUUUUCACAAUUGAUCGAGCAAAUAUUGAAUACCGAAGCUUUAACGUCGAGAUAUCAAUUGAUCAUGACAUACGCCUUGAUGUCCUGUGAAACUUUGUUAGAUAAAUGCUCCUGCAGUCAAGAUUUUAGAUGCAAUACAAUGGUAAAUAUAGCUUUAACGUUACUGAAGAGGUAUCUUCAUCCAAAAAACGAGGAUUCCCAAUUGGAGCCAAAAUUUCAAAUAGCAAUGAGUACUUACACAUGGAAGCUUUUAGUCACGAGUCCACGAGCUUUCGAAGAUUUCUCAGUUCAAGGCGGUAUAUAUUUAAUUUUGGAUGUUAUGACAGAAGCGACAUUGCCCGUACAAAACGCUUUUCUUGGUAUAUUAACCGAUUUAUAUGAAAAUGAGUACUCUAAAUAUUGCAUAUAUACCUGGAGAUCUGUAAAUGAUAAAACGAGCAUCUUGUCACUUCUUCCGAAAAUUUGGAGAAAAGAAGAGACAAUACUAGAUAUACAAAGGAUUAAUAAAUGUUCUAAUGAUGAAAUAGGGAAGGAUUUAGCAUUGAUGAAAAAUGAUCAUUGGCUUUAUUUUAACUUCAUUAAAAUACCUCAUAACUCAAGAAAAGCAACUUUACCAAUAAUCGAAACAUACGAUUUGGUUCGCGACGAAGACUCGAUGAAAGAAAUUUUCCACUUAUUGGAUCAAUUUAAAGUACAACCUUUGAAAGAAUCGCAAAAACCAUUGUUCAGCGUCAAAGAAAAGUUGGAAGAAUGGUCUCAACGCAUUCAAAAUGAAAAGAAAAGCUAA